CAAAAUAAUAAUUAAAUUAAACAAACGUGCCGGAAAAUGAAAUUCUUUUAUUUCUUAGUAAUUUGUGCCUUAAGCAUGGCCUUGUCUCUGCCCCAAUAUCAACCUGAUAAAAGAUUACCCCAAAUUACAACAUCUGGUGGUGGUUCCCCCAAGCAGGGUAAUCUGAAAUUUGAUGUACGCCAACAAAUCUGGCAAAGUCCCAAUCAACGUCAUUCAAUUUAUGGUACUGGUGGUUAUUCCCGGAAUUGGGGUGAACCCAAUCCCGUACACAAUCUCAAGGAUUAUCGUGUGGGUGCUGGUUAUACUUAUAGAUUUGGUUAAUUAAAUUAUAAUUAAUUUUUAGAGUAAUUAGUAUUUAAGAAGAAUUAAUAAAUAGUAAAAAUUCAUAGAUAAUACAAAAAAAA